CUCUGCUGUUAUACCCCAGCUACUUUGUUCUCUCUCUUCUCCACUGGAACAAGGAUUAUUGCAAGUGGAUUACAGAUAUUUUCCAUGUAAAAUUAAAUGGCAAACGUUCCACAAGUGUUGCUGGACACUCUGCAGAACUUGGGGGAAAAGGACCUUAAGCUAUUUCAAUGGAAAUUGACCAGUGGUGUGCAAGGGUUCAAGAGCAUCCCAAAGGCACUUCUGGAGAAUGCAGACAGAUUGGACACUGUGGAUAAGAUGGUUGCAAACCAUGAACUCAGGGGAGCUGUGGCGAUCACAUUGGACAUUUUGAAGAAGAUAAACCAAAACCAACUGGCUGAGGAACUCAGGAUCAAUCUCAGAGAAAGCAGCGCUAUACAUAAAGAGGUAACUUGUAAGCGUCCAGCAGCUUCCUCCACUGCAACUCAGACUGAAGAUUCAAGUAGUACUUUCACUGCAGAUGGAGAACAAUGUGAUGUCAGGAGGAAUAUAAAAACAAAAUUUAAAGCAAAAUUGGCAAAGUUGUAUGAAGGCACUGCAUUGGAAGGUGAUUAUAUGCCUUUGAAAGACAUUUACACAGAACUUCAUGUGAUUGAAGGCUGCACAGGAGGAGUAAACACAGAGCACGAAGUGAGACAGGUAGAAGCAUUUUAUCCCAAAACAGAAGAAACCCCAAUCAAAUUCAGUGAUAUUUUCAAAGUGUCAUGUGACCACAAUGCUCUUGGGACAAAAGUACUGACAGUGGGAAUAGCUGGAGUGGGAAAAACAGCCUGUGUACAAAAGUUUAUUCUCGACUGGGCUGAGGACAGUUGCAAUCAGGAUAUAGAUUUCAUACUGUUCCUUCCUUUUCGGGAGCUUAACCUAAUCAAAGAUGAACAGUGCAGCCUCUGGGACCUUCUACUUUACUUUCAUGAUGAACUCUGUGGUGGAGAUGUAAAAGAAAUAUUAAAUGGUAGGAGUAGUGUGUUUUUAAUAUUAGAUGGACUUGAUGAAAGUAGAAUUUCACUGAAUUUUAACAAAAAGAGAGUAUCCAAUGUUACAGAAAAAACUACCCUUGAUAAACUAAUACCAAGCCUCAUCAAAGGAGAACUUCUUCCCUCUGCUAUUAUCUGGAUAACCUCACGACCUGCAGCAGCCAGUCAGAUCCCACGCAAGUACUUUGAUCAUGUAACAGAAAUACGUGGAUUCAGUGACCCACAGAAGGAUCAGUACAUCAGGAAGAGAAUCAGAGAUCAGCAUCAAGCCAGCAGAAUAAUCUCUCACAUUAAGACAGCAAGGAGUCUUCAUAUUUUAUGCCACAUACCUGUCUUCUGUCGGAUCUCAGUCACUGUGCUUCAGAAGAUGUUGACGGAAGGCAAAGACAUGAAAAAUGCUCCCACUACUCUGACAGAAAUGUACAUACGAUUUCUGCUGUUUCAAACAAUGCAAAAGUCUGAGAAAUAUGAAGGACAGCAAAAAGAGAUUAAUACAGUUCAAACAUUUACAAGAGACAAACAAACAGGAGCACUUAACAUACUGAAGCUUGGAAGGUUAGCCUUUCUUCAGUUGCAAAUGGGACAACUCCUAUUUUAUGAGAGCGAUCUGAAAGAAUGUGGCAUUGAUGUUGAUGAAGGUUUGGUGUACUCGGGAGUGUGUACACAAGUCUUUAAAAAGGAUGAGAAGAUUUUCAGCUUCGUACAUUUGAGUUUCCAGGAGUUCCUUGCCGCCAUAUUUGUGUUCCUCACAUUCAGUCAUGAAUUCAACCCACUUCUUCAGACAACAUUGGAGAAAAUAACAUGGAAUUUAAAACACAGCCUGUGCGAUCUCCUCAAGACAGCAGUGAAUAAGGCCAUGAAGAGUAAAAAUGGACACCUUGAUCUUUUUCUUCGUUUCCUUUUUGGCAUCUCACUGGAGUCCAAUCAGAGACUCCUCAAGAGUCUACAGCCAGAAAUGGACAUCAAAGAAGUGAGUCUGAAGAACAUUGUAGACUACAUUAAGAGGAAGAUCAGGAAAACAAAAUCCUUUGAAAAGAGCAUCAAUCUCUUCCACUGCCUAAAUGAAGUGAAAGACAGUUCUCUGACAAGUGAAAUUCAGAAGUACUUGAACUCAGGACUUCUCGCAACACAGACACUCUCAUCUACGCAUUGGUCGGCUCUUGUGUUUGUGUUACUGAUGUCAGAGGAUACUCAAGAGAUGUUUGAAAUGAAGAAAUACAGGCCAUCAGAUGAAGGACUGAGGAGACUACUGCCAGUGGUGAAAAACACAAGACAAGCUCUAUUAGCUGGCUGUAAUCUCACCAUGAACUCCUGUGAAACUCUCUGCUCCGCUCUCAAAUCAGCAAACACCCUGUUGACAGAGUUAGACCUCAGUAACAAUGACCUGCAGGAUUCAGGAGUGGCGCUACUCUCUGCUGGACUAAAGAGUUCAUACUGUAGACUAGCAAUACUCAGGCUAUCUGUCUGCAAUCUCACUGUGGAUUCUUGUAGAGCUCUUUCAUCAGCUCUACAAUCAGAAAAAUGUCCCCUGAAAGAACUGGAUCUUAGUAACAAUGACUUGCAUGAUUCAGGGGUGAAGCUGCUCUCAGCUGGACUUAAGAGCUCUCACUGUAAACUGGAAACACUAAGGCUGUCUGGUUGUUUGGUCACAGAGGAAGGCUGUUCCUCUCUCACUUCAGCUUUAAAUUUAAACCCUUCACAUUUGAAAGAACUAGAUCUCACCUACAACCACCCAGGAGAGUCAGCAGUAAAUCUCCUUUCUGCUAAACUGGGGGAUCCAUACUGCAGACUGGAGACACUUAGGGUGGAACAUUCAGGGAAGAAAUGGAUCAAAGCAGGCCUAAGAAAAUAUACCUGUGAGCUCACAUUAGACCCAAACACAGCACAUGAAGAUCUCGCUCUGUCUGAAGAAAACAGAAAGGUGAUGUAUUUGGGAGAGCGUAACGAGUAUCCUGAUCAUCCAGAGAGAUUCGAUGAGUAUGCACAAGUGCUGUCUAGAGAGAGUCUGAUGGGGCGCUGUUACUGUGAGGCUGAGUGGAGUGGAUGGGCUGCUAUAGCAAUAACAUAUAAAGCAAUCACCAGAAAAGGAGACAGUAAUAAGUGUCAGUUUGGAUUCAAUGAAAAGUCCUGGAUACUGUACUGCUCUCAUAUUAGUUACUCUGUCAGGUACAAUAAGAAGAUCACUGACAUACCUGUCCCUUCCUCUAAAAGAGUAGCGGUGUAUCUUGAUUGGCUGGCCGGCACUCUAUCCUUCUAUAGCAUAUCCACUGACACAGACACAUUGACACAUUUACACACAUUCCACUCCACAUUCACAGAGCCUCUCUAUGCAGGGUUUAGGGUUUGGGUCUCUAAAUCCUCAGUGCGUGUGUAAAAUAGAAGCCAAUUCCUGCACAUGUCCUUAAGGAAAACAUUUAUGCCCAUCUUUAUGUACAUCUGGGUUUGGCUAAACUGUCACCAAAAAUGCUCAGGUACACUGUGACAUUAUGACUUUCAAAUUGGGUAUCAGAGGCCCUAAUUUGUGCCAGGAAAAUAUUUACUACAUCAUCAUAAGGUCCCUGGUGAUUGUAGUUUAUAAGCCAUCACAGUUGUUGUAAUGUUCUAAACACAAUUCUAAACACUGAGCUGAAAUGUACGAAAAGAGAUACUGAGAAUGAAAUGUAAUUCCAUGCUGACAGCGUUUUUAUCAUAACCAGUGGCCAGAUAUGCAAACACAAGAGGAUCAAAUCAUGGAAGUUGUAAUAUGCUUGAAGUAUGCUAACACAAGUGUCUGAAAGGAUUUCAUGACUAUGGUGGUCAAAGCAUUGUAUCUGGAGCAUUUAAAGCAGGAAGGCACACAGUUCCAACUAUUUUUUGACAAUCUGUAUGCACGUGGGCGCAAGAUGGUUAGCACCUUCAGACAGGAAGGUGAAACACUGUCUGAUAUGUAAUACCACCAACAGAGAUGCAGACUGGGAAGUUGUGGGGUAGGAUACUGUACAAAACUUUUAAUUAUUUAUUACUUUGAUAUUAAAAAAAACAUCCUACAUCUUUGCAAUUGUGCAGUGUGCUGCCUCACUCCUAAUGGCACUUGGAAAAAGUCAUCUAUAUGCCUACAUAAAGAACAGGGUGACCUUGCAGAUGGCAUUGCAAACAGUGCUUAUAUGUACCUGAAUUGUGUCUCUCACAACAUUUUGCUCUGACCCAGUGGCAAAAUAAUAUACAUGAAAACUUACGAAUAACGCUCCAUUUAAUGCUAACUGGUGCUCUACAUCAGCAGAUAGCCAAUCAUUAAUUACCAUAAUUUGACCUUACCAUAACCGAAAAGUGAGCAUUCAUGUCCAAAUUUUCUAAAUGAUGUAGCCUACCUCUUAACAUGUGAUGGUGGAAGUUAUUUCUGUCAUCCUGCAAGUGCUCUAAAUUAGCCAUAUUGUUUGUUUAUGUUUUCCAUUUGGUUGCAGUUCCUAGUGCAAAAAACUGUGUGGUGCCAACCGACUUCUAGAAAGACGUUUAGCUCCACUACUGGAAAGGGGCCAUCAUAGGACCAUUGACCAGAUAUUGUUUACUGCUCUUUAAAAUAUUAACAUGGUAGUGGCAUGUUAGUAGAUUCCGCACUGGUUAAAGUGUAUCAGACUUAGACACUUAGACUUGUGACAAGGACAUAAUCUUGUUAGCAUACUUUGUAGUGCAAUUAGAGGCUAUGGCUCAUAUUUUACAUUUACAAUUUGUGCAGGGCUGGCACCACACAUUGAGUUUCUGAACCUUUGAAAACAGCAAUUGCCAUGCUAUCCAAUGAAAAUAAGCACUUGAUUGACCAGGACAAAGCACUUCACUAGGAGGACUUCCCUACUGUGGUCAACACAGAAGGGGAAACAACAACCGGAAAACAAACAUUAUAUUUUAGACAUUUUCAACUUAUGCAGCUUUUGACAUAGUCAUUCUUGACACUUUAAAAAAUUAUUUUAUUGGCCUAGCUUCUAACAGACAAGACAGUUUCUGUGUCUGUCCUACAAGGGUCAGAAAGGGGUCCUCGGCUGUUUAAACACUUAAGUUGGGAAAAGAUUCAUACAAAAAUUUGUGUCUUCAG